UGCUGUGAAACCCCGGGUACCGGGUACGUAAAACAAAUCCCACUACUUGAAAAGGAGUGGCUAUUACUCUCUUUCAUUUGUUGUUUUUUCGCAGUGGAGAGAUAGUGUGUGUGAGGUUGCGGAGGAGGAGGAGCACCGGCGUCCGAUUUCGAUUCCCCAAAUUAGAUCGGCUCUUCUGUGUCUCGUGUGUUUUGCAUUUUGUUUUUUAUUUUUGACGGAAGAGAGAUUAAUUUUGUUUAGGACGACAAGGGGGACAGAGAUCAAUUGAUUUUAGUAGAGUUGGAAGUAGUUUGAAAGAGAUAAUACACAAUACAAUGGAGUUGUUCUAUUACAUGGUGUUUGGGGCGCUGGGGGCGGUAGUGGCAGCUUUGGAGUUGAGUAAGGCCAACAAAGAUCGGAUCACAACUUCUCAGGCUUUCACUUCCUUCAAGAACAACUACCUUCUUGUUUACUCUCUCAUGAUGGCUGGUGACUGGUUGCAAGGUCCAUAUGUCUAUUACCUUUACAGCACCUAUGGCUUCGGGAAGGGGGAAAUUGGACAGCUUUUUAUUGCUGGGUUUGGAUCUUCCAUGUUGUUUGGCACAAUUGUCGGAUCUCUGGCAGACAAACAGGGACGAAAGAGAGCAUGCGUGACUUACUGCAUUACUUACAUACUCAGCUGCAUCACCAAGCAUUCCCCACAGUACAAAGUUUUGAUGUUGGGACGUGUACUGGGUGGUAUUGCUACCUCCCUACUUUGCUCAGGAUUUGAGUCUUGGCUUGUUGCUGAACACUUCAAGAGGGGCUUUGAUCAGCAAUGGCUUUCAUUAACUUUCUCAAAGGCUAUAUUUCUUGGAAAUGGUCUUGUUGCUAUUCUCUCUGGAUUGUUUGGAAAUCUGCUGGUUGAUUCCUUAAGUCUUGGUCCUGUAUCUCCCUUUGAUGCCGCUUCAUGCUUUCUGGCAAUUGGAAUGGCUAUUAUAUUGUCAACAUGGACUGAGAAUUAUGGUGAUCCGUCGGAGAAUAAGGACUUGCUAACUCAGUUCAAGAGCGCAGCUGUAGCAAUUGCUUCUGAUGAGAGGAUAGCAUUAUUGGGUGCAAUUCAGUCCCUGUUUGAAGGUUCAAUGUAUACUUUUGUGUUUCUCUGGACUCCUGCUCUGAGUCCAAAUGAUGAAGAAAUUCCCCAUGGUUUUAUUUUUUCAACUUUCAUGUUGGCUUCAAUGUUGGGAAGCUCAUUUGCAUCUCGACUUAUGGCGCGUAACUCACCUAAAGUUGAGAUUUAUAUGCAGAUUGUCUUUGUGAUCUCUUCUGCCUCUCUGCUGCUACCUAUAAUGACAAAUUUCUUGGUAGCCCCCUCGAAGGUAAAGGGUGGUGGUAUCUCAUUUUCUGGUUGUCUCCAAGUUCUUGGUUUCUGUACAUUUGAAGCUUGUGUUGGAAUUUUUUGGCCAUCAAUUAUGAAGAUGAGAUCUCAAUACAUUCCUGAGGAGGCACGCAGCACUAUAAUGAACUUCUUCCGCAUCCCCCUGAACAUCUUUGUUUGCAUUGUACUCUACAAUGUUGAUGCAUUCCCCAUCACUGUUAUGUUUGGCAUGUGCUCGAUCUUCCUGUUUGUGGCGUCCAUCUUACAGAGACGGCUGGCAGCAAUUGCGGACAAGCCAAAGGCAGAAGAUUGGACGCCAAUGAAAGAAAGAGACGCUGAAGCAGAGCCACUAAAUGCUCCUUGAUAUUAACGAGUCUUCACAAACAAAUGUUUUGUGAGGGUUCAUCCCAUGGCGGGCACACAUUUGAUUCAUUAGUAGCCUAUAAGAAAUCUAAAUUCACUCUUUCAGAAAUGCCUAAGGAGAGCAGAAGCUGAUGCCAAGAAGAAGUUUAAUGCCGCUAUAGCAAUUUUUGGAUGCAGAUAGAACAAAGUUUUAACAUUCAUAUACUCCUGAACUAUUGCUGUGGAGAUAUCUUGGUGUUUAUUUUUUUAAUUUUCAUGUUUUUGUCGAUAAGCAGAAAGUGAAAAAUGGUUGCCCCUUUCGUAAAUUUGACCUCAGUUUAAGGUUAUAUUGAGGCCGUAGAUUUGUAUUUGAUAUUUUAUAAUGUUCUUUUUGAUUAGCGACAAUUUGUAAGAACAACAUGCCAUUAAGCAUUCUUUGUAACAGCGGAUUACACGUUUAUUUUCCUCGGUA